ACAAUUGGUUUAGUAUAGGGUAAAAGUAUUGGUUUAGUGAACUGAGAGAAAUCACACUUUUCAGUCUCUCGUAUUUAUAUCUUUCUUUGAUGGUGGCGUAUAUCUCGUAGUGAUCCGUGCUAAAUAGAACACAGCGCCGUAUUUUCGAACAUCCCGCUUAAAGGAUUUUCCAAAAGUUAAUAUGGCGACUUGACGAUGAGAACCUAAGCAGAAGUUCAUACUUACAACAGAGUCAAAAGGAUAACAUGUACCACCGAAGAAUGAACUUCCUUACGUCGUAUUAUUAUUUUAAAUAUUGACAUAAUAAUUCAAGUGAACUGAUAUGAAAAGAUUUGUCGGACUUAUCGUAUGUCAACAACCUCGGAACAUCUAUAAGUAUUUUUUGUGAUUAAAAAAGAAAUACGGAAAAUCGAGAUAUAAGCAUUAUUUUGAAGACUUUAAGAUACGUUUUCGUGGCCUGAAGAAGAAUGUCUCAAGAGGACGACGUAGGAUUUUUAUAUAAAACAAUGAUUGAGAGAGAUCCAAAGAAAAGAAGAGUAAAGCCUAUUAGAUCUGCACAACAAUCAUUACUUGAUUUUGAUUUAGGUGAAAGCUCUGAUGAUAGUGAUUUUAGAAUUGAAGAUCAUUGUGAAGAAUCUGAUGAUGACUCAGUAGAUUCUAAUGAUAUUGGGAAAGAAGAAGAAGAUGGAUCAGAAGAAUCAGAUGAUUCUUUAGUUGAUCCAUUGUUAAGUACAAAAGAGAACACUGGUCUGACUGUAGGAGACGUCAUAGAACAAGCUCGUCAACAAGCAAUAAAAGGUGGACCAUUAGAUGAAAAAUUGAACAAAAUGCUUAUUUGUUGUGGCUGUCUUGGUGAUAGAAGUGAUGAUAUUAAUGAAAUUGUUGAAUGUGAUGGAUGUGGAGUCAGUGUCCAUGAAGGAUGUUAUGGCGUAUCAGACGUAGAGAGUUUUUCCAGUACUGAUUCUUUGUGUCAAUCAGCCCCAUGGUUUUGUGAAGCAUGUAGUGCAGGCAUUGAAGAUCCAUCGUGUGAACUUUGCCCUAAUAAAGGUGGAAUUUUUAAAGAAACCGAUGUAGGAAAAUGGGUUCAUUUAGUUUGUGCUCUCUACGUACCUGGUGUAGCUUUCGGAGAAGUGGAUCGGCUAUCAAGUGUAACGCUUUUCGAAAUGGCAUAUAGCAAAUGGGGUGCAAAGCAAUGUUCUUUAUGUGAAGAUGCACGUUUUGCUCGUACCGGUGUUUGCAUUGAAUGUGAUGCUGGAAUGUGUCACACAUAUUUUCAUGUUACUUGUGCUCAACGGGAGGGUUUAUUAUCGGAAGCACAUAGUGAAGAAGUGGAUCAAGCUGAUCCAUUUUAUGCACAUUGCAAGUUACAUUCUGAUAAACUUCUUGUUCGUAGACGCAGACGCAAUUGGUUAGCAUUGCAAUUACGUGCUCAAUAUCGACAACAACUUUUAAAGCAACCAAAUCAUUUGGAUACAGAGGAACAGCGCAGAAUUCAAAGAAAAUUAGCGAAGCACAGACAUAAAUAUCUAGCCCAUAAAGCAUCUCGUCCACCUCCUUGGGUACCGACUCAAAAGAUGCCUCGUCUUUUAACGACAUCUGCAUCUGCAUGUCGUCAAUUGGCAAAAAAAGCUGAAUUAAUGGGCGUUGAUACAGCAGCAUUAGAAGCACAGGAAGCACAACUUGUAGCGUUAGUGGAUGUAAGAAAAAAAUGGCAUAUUCCUCCAGCCUUCAGUGUGGAGUUCAUAGGAUAUUAUUUGGAUCGCAAUUUACGUGUUACAUCAAUGAAAAGAAGAUUGCAGGAGCUACUUGAUAUUAAUUCACAAUUGUUAAAUGAACAACAAAGAUUAGAUAGAAAAUACGAUGAAGUGAUGAAGGACAAUGAAGAACAAAUUAGGGUAAAUGUUACGUUAAAAGAAAAAAUUGACAUGUAUCAUCAAAUGCUAAGAAAUAGUGGCUAUGUUAAACCAUUGCCUCUAAUAGCAGAUUUAGCCAAACCAAGAAUUGCGCCUACACUUGGUACGGGAUUAGGAGUACCAACUGCAGCUGCAUUAAAAAUGGGUGUUGGUUUUCCGCUACCGGUGGGAAAAGGAGCAGAAGGUAUACGCGAAGGUAGAGUACUGAGUAGUCAAGCCCAUGAUCAAAAUCAUAAAAGUGAAUUGACUUUGAGACACCAAUGUGGCAUAUGUAGAAGAUCUACUAAUCAACAUCUUCUUGCAAAAUGUGAUACAUGUCAUCUUCAUUACCAUUUGUCGUGUUUAAGUCCUCCUCUAUCUCGUAUGCCUAAAAAAACCAAACUUAUGGGAUGGCAGUGUUCCGAGUGCGAUAAAGAAUCUUCUGGAUCGGAGGUUGAACGUGUAGAUACAUCGGCUCCUCGUAAAUUAAGGCAUUGUAAGGAUGAUUCUAAUUUAACGUCUACGCCACCUCAAGAGAUCCAAGCACCUAUGACACCGACUACACCAACAACAUCAAAAAAUGCAUCUACACCGCUUAACAAUGUAACGAACGUUACUGUUCCUGAUACACCCACAACACCAAAGUUAACUAUAAAACCUAUGUGCCCGCAACCUUCAGUAACGGAACAAAUUCAAUUAGCUGAAUCGACACAUAAUCAACAAUGUACUAAUAAUAUUACUAUAACAACAAGAGAAGGAUCCCCUGAAUAUAUGGUGGCUUCAGCGGAUGGUACAGAAUCUGUUUCACAAAGAAGUGCAAAAAAAAGGCGAAGAGAAAAGCAUAAGAGGUAUACCCCUGAUCCAAUCACUGGUGUAAAACAAAGGAAACGAAAACAUAAAAGAAAAAGCCUUGAUAUUGAAAAUCCAGAUUUACAAGCACAACCAGAAGUUCAUAGACGGAUUACUAUAAAAAUAAAACCAAUUCCACGACCGGACGGAGAUGUAGCUUCAAAAUCUAGCCCGCAAAUGUUUGUUGCCACAUCAACAAGUACAGAAAUUACACCACCGCCGCCAACGCUUAAACUUUUACCACCACCGCUUCCACCACCUACCACAAAUGUUGUUACAAUGAAUACAUCUAGUAAUAGUAACGUCAAUAAUAAUACGAGAUUACAAACUGGAAAUGUAAAGAGAGGGAAAGACGCGGAUCUUCUUACACAGUGUAAUGUUUGUGAUACACCUGGUACCAGUCAAAAUCUUGUAAUGUGCGAUGAAUGCAAAAAAUGCUAUCACUUCACGUGUUUAGACCCUCCAGUGAAAAAAUCUCCUAAAAGAAGAGGCUAUUCUUGGCAUUGUGCUGACUGCGAUCCUAGUGCCUCUGAGUCAGAGACUUAAUAUCACCCAUUUUACGUCUGCAGCCAUAGUACUGCAUUCACUUAUUCAAAGGCAAUGUCAUUUAUCUCUCAGUGUCAUUAUAAUUUUGUAAAGUAAAAAAAGAAAAACAAAAAUAAAAUUAAAAAAUAAAUAAAUAAAUAAGAAAAAAUAAAUAUAAAAAUAUAAAUAAUAAAUACAAAGUUAGUAUAAAAAAAAAAGUGUAGAAAUAUUUCAAAAUAAUAAUUCAAAUUCCAACUUUUUUCUAUUAAUGCUGGAUAUAUAAUGAAUCAUAUUGUAAAUACAAACCAAUAAUGUUUCUCUUCUUUGUAAAAAUUAUAUAUUUUUUCGUCAUAAUUAAUCGUUCUUAAAUUCUUUCUUUGCUUAUUAAAAUCGUGCAGACAUAUACAUAUAUAUAUAUAUAUAUAUAUAUAUAUAUGCACAUACAUAUAUAUAUACAUAUAUGUAUAUAUAUAUGCAUAUAUACAUUUGUCGUUUACGCAUAAUAUUUGUUUUCAUUAUCGAUGCAUUCUUUCCUUCAUAGUUUUUUAAGUAAUGGUAUAGGCGAGCAAACAAAAAAUAAGUACCAUUUCUUUUUCCAUCUCCGUCCGUGUUCAAUUUUUACAUGAGCUUCUCUAUUAUACUAUAUACAUAAAUCCAACAUUACAAACACUUUAUUAAAAAUUUUUGUAUACCUAUUUGGAUUAAUUGUUUAACUAAUAACUAAAUAUACAUAAAAUUAA